AUGCAAUACAUAAACAGCUGCACAUCCAGUGCGAUAACCUUUAAAACCGUUCAUGUUACAAAACAUUUACUCUCGCCUGUUCGACUCGUUUAACGCCAUAAUAACGAUAUUACCGCAGGAGGUACUUCAGCGCCCAGGAGUUAUCACCCCGUCAGUGCGCCACUCUUCCACUUUCUUUACCCAACCAAGGCUAAUUCACACAAACGAAAAAAAAGGAAUACCUUGGGGAGGUACCUUUUCAGACCCAAUUUAAUAGUCCCCCCUUUUGAAGUGCAGUACUACUAAAUGAACAUAAAAGCAGCCCUCUUUAAUGCGUGCCAACUUACCAUAAAAGGGACAGGCGUCGUGUUUCAUGGAAAACUGCAACAAGUAAAAUACGCCAUCAGUUUCCCGAGUUACCUUUUUAUAAUUUUUUCUGGGUUUAUGGGAGCCAUGUCAGGAAAUUUCUUUUUUAAAAAAUACAUUUUGAGGAAGAACCCCCCCAACCCCCUGAGGGACCCCAACGACUUACCGCCGGAGAAGCACCCACACACCCCUGAGGAGGAUGAUUAAAAAGGGGGGAAAGAAAUAAACGGAUAAAUAUCUAGCCAAAUAAAGUGCCAAACAUGCAGACACAAAACAGGGCGGAGCGAGGCGCAUUGU